AUGGCUUCUCUGAAGCGAAGUAGCGACACCGUGCCCACCAGCCUGUCGGCACCGGACCUGCCGGAGCGUUUCACCCUCAACGUCGGCGGCAAGCACGUGCAGAUCCAGACGAAAACGCUUCUCUCGCGACCCGACGAUGGCAGAUCUCUCAUCGGCCACAUCACGGCGGAGAUGCGCAAGCAGGAAGUGACCAUGGGCGACAGCACGGUGAUUUCCAACCGCAACGUGUUUCUCGACCGCAACUCGGAGCUCAUGGACCUCUUGCUGAUGUGGUUCCGCCAGGGUGAGGCCUGCCAGGUCCGCCGCUGGCCGACGGAGGUCCUCCACUACCUCAUCCCCGAAGCCGACCACUUCGGUGAGAAAUCAGACAGAGCGGUGGGAUCGGAUGGCCGCAGGGUGCGGUGCGCAGAUCAGAUCUCUCCAUCACAUGCUCUCUCUUCCCUGGUUGCGUAUGUAUUGUGUGUGUGGCAGGUUUGUUGUCGUUGCGUCAGGAGAUAGAGGAGGCGCUGCAGGGCCGGGGCGGCAUGGCCAUGGCCGCAUCGGCUGGCGAGGAGGUGGACGUAGAGGGCGAGGGUGAGGGAGAGGGCAUGGACGGCGGCGAGUGCGAGGGCACGGAGGAUGACACGGACGAGGAGGGCACAGAGACCCCUCCGAUGCCCAAUGACGAACAAGUCGGCGACCCCAUCUUCUACAAGGAGGAUGGCAAACCGGUAAGUGAGCAUACCUAGAUGGAUGGAUGGAUGGAUGGAUGGGUGUGUGUGUCAGGCCGACGGUGUGGUUCGUCGCAACAUGGAGUUGGGUGUGUUGGCGAGUGUGGCGUCUGCCGGCCCCAACGUGCUGCGGCGCCACGCCACUGUGUCGGCGGCGCAGACGGCGGCCCGCGAGAAGCAGCACCUCAACCUCAAGCCAGAGAUAGACUUCAAGGUGUUCACACCAGACUGGGACAAGUAGGGAGGAUGGAGGGUGAGGGGUUCGCUGAUAGAUGCAGCACAGGUAGAUGGGCGCCACGUAGAGGGAGGGGGAGCGGGGAUGUGUGUGUGAGGAUGGAAACGGUCCGUGUGUGGCUGCCGGGUUACCUUAGCGAACGCCUGUCUGCCUGUCUGUCUGACUGCCUUCCAACCGGCGGCGGACGGCUCGGCUCAAUGUAGAUGUCGCUACUGCGUGCGGGGCUCGUAUGUAUGUGUUGGUGGAUGGAUGGAUGGAUGGAAUGGCGGGUGGUGCUAGCAGUGCUGCUUAGAGAGAUAGAUAGAACGAUAGACGCACAAUGGACGGACGGACGGACGGAUGGAUGGAUGGACAAGAAAGACCAACACAUUCUCAAAUGAACCGCGGUUACUUAAA